AUGGCUUCCUCUGUCGCUCUCAUUUUCGGUGCUGGAUCUAACGUCGGAGCCAGCGUGGCCAAAGCCUUUCUGGCAGAAGGAUACAAAGUUGCUUUGGCCUCACGAUCUCAAAACCCCGAAACUUCAACAGAAACUGAGCUUCACAUUCCCACAGACUGUAGCGAUACUGACUCUGUACUGAGUGCUUUCGCAAAGACCAAGAGUGAAUUUGGGGUUCCCAACGUUGUUAUUUACAAUACUUACGCUGGUCAAUGGAACAGCGCAGACAAUAUUUUCGAAGUCCCUUUGGAUCAUUUCGCGAGUAGCACCGUGGUCAACAUCAUCAGCGUCUAUGCAGCAGCCCAAGAAGCUGUCAAAGGCUGGGUCGACCUUCCCCCUCCAACUAAACCGACCUUCAUCUUAACUGGCAAUUGCGCAAACGUUGCUCCUCUCCCGGUCAUCAUGACUUUGAGUGUCGGCAAGGCGGGGACUGCGAACCUGAUUGAGAUGGCAUCUAAGAGCUACAAGGAUAAAGGCUACAGAUUUUACUACACUGACGAAAGGCUUGGAGAUGGGACUCCUAUGUGGAAUGGUGCUACGGCAGAAGGACACGCUCGGCUCUAUGUCGAGCUAGCUAAGGAUGAGCCACGAGAGUGGUAUCAGACAUUUGUUUCUGGUCUGGGAUACAGAAAGUUGCCUGUUCCCAAGAUUGACUAA